AUGAGCGACUCAUUCUCCAAGGUCCUGGUCUCUGGUGGCACUGGUUUUGUAGGUUCGGCCAUUGUACGGGCUCUUGCUCAAAAAUACCCGGACGUUGCCAUCAUCGUCAUCGACCAGAGCCCUCCACGGCCCCAGCACGUUCUACCAGACAACAUCUCGUGUAUUCAGCUUGAUAUAACCUCAUCCGAGGCUGUAAUUAAUGCCUUUAGGGCCACAAAGCCAAAUGUCGUUGUCCAUACUGGGGGACUCAUCCCAGGCCUGGCCGAGCGGUUCGGGCGCCAACUUGAGCAGAAGACAUGGAAGACCAACUUCGAAGGAACACAAAAUAUGCUCAGCGCAGCUCAGCAGACCGGUGUCAUUGCUUUUGUCUACACGAGCACUUGUUGUGUGGUGACUGAUGAUACGAGCAAUCCUCAUCCCAACAUCACAGAGGAAUGGCCAUCCGCAGUCAGGUCUACCAUCUAUGGUGAAUCCAAGGCUGCGGCAGAAGCACUUGUUCUCAAUGCCUCUAGCAGCAAACUGGCGACAUGUGCCCUUCGGCCAUCGGUGCUUUGUGGACCAGGUGAUUGCCAGCUGCUCCCGCCGAUCCACGCAUGUAUUUCCAAAUACGAGACCCCGUUUCUCAUCGGGGAUGGACUCAAUUUGUGGGAUAUCACCCACGUCAGCAAUGUCGCCGAUGCCCACAUCCUAGCAAUAGAGAAUCUGGUAUCAACUCGCACUGCUGCCGGGGAAUCCUUUUUCAUCCAAAAUAACGAACCUAUCACAUUUCGGGAUUUAUGUCUGGCGAUAUGGGCACAUUUUGGGCACAUCCCCCCAAUCGAAUUGCGGAUCCCUGAGAGCCUGGCACAUUUUGCCGGACUGGCGUGUGAGACAGUCACCCGGGUGAUGGGGACAAGGACAACCCUGAGCCGUGGGACUGUUCGAGAUGCAUGUGCCAUUCGAUAUGCCAGUGGCGAGAAAGCUAAAGAGAUACUGGGUUACGAGGCCCGUAUGGGCAUUGAAGAAGGUAUCCGUUUAAGCUGUGAAGAUUAUGCUUCUCGUCUGGGAGUCAAGUUACCGGCCGAAAACACCACCCGGAAAAUAUGGCCAAUGUGA